AUCUGGAGAUGAAGACACAGUCUCAAAAAGUGCAUCACUGAUGCUUCCUUGUUUCAUGGCAAGAGAAGAUAGCCUUCCCAGGGAUGGGCAACCAUGAAAAAGAGCCGUCAUCUCCUAAAAGGGCACUACCCCCUUCCCGGUCCAAUAGCACUGUAUCUUCCAAACACAGCAUUACUUGGCAGAGUUCUGAGAGCUGGGAAGUGAUAGAUGAUUUGCACAUCCAUAGUGGGGUCAUCCAGCACCCAGAAAGGCAGGAGGGCUACCUGCUAAAGAAGCGAAAAUGGCCCCUGAAAGGCUGGCACAAGCGUUAUUUCAUUUUGGAAGAUGGCAUUCUGAAAUAUGCCACAACACGCCAAGAUGUCUUGAAGGGGAAGUUACAUGGCUCCAUAGAUGUUUGUUUGUCAGUCAUGUCAGUUAAUAAGAAGGCCCAACGUGUGGACUUGGACACAGAAGAAAAUAUUUAUCAUCUUAAGAUAAAAUCCCAAGAGCUAUUCAAUAAUUGGGUUGCAAAGUUGUGCUUGCAUCGGCAAGCAGAGAAAUCGCAUUCAUCCCAAAGACAGUUCAUGACAGGUGGUGACAGAGCGCCUCAUCCCUCACAAGCCUGCAACUCACGGCGCCACAUACUGAUGUCAGAAAGUGUCCCUGCCUUAUCUUCACUGGCCAGUCCCCAGGAAAAGGUGAAUUCUUGGCUCAGUGACAGUAAAGGACUAGCCAGGUGCUCAGCAGAACUCUCAGAAUGUCAGGGAAAGCUUCAAGAACUCAGCCAUAUGCUACAAAGUUUGGAAUCUCUCCACCGCAUUCCCUCUGCCCCUUUAAUCUCAAGUAGUCAGACUUCAACAGGAACAGAAAGACCCAGAAAGGCAAAGAGAUCGACGCGGAUCUGGUGCACUCAGAGCUUUGCAAAGGAUGACACCAUAGGCAGGGUGGGACGCCUGCAUGGCUCCGUUCCCAACCUCUCAAGAUAUUUUGAGUCCUGUCAGAACCAGGCCAUGUUUAGCAUACCUCCAGAGUAUAGCCAACUCCAAAGAAGUUUCUGGAUCUUAGCUCAGAAAGUUCACGGUUCUCUCAGCAGUGUCCUGGCUGUGCUGAACUCCGAGCGUGACCGUCUUCAAGAAUUGCAGCAGAUAUUAGAUCUGCAACGUGACACUUUGUCUUCUGCACAGGAUGACCUUGGAGAUGGCAUCAACUCUACUACAACUGCUUCUCUUCAGACUCUUGACAAUCCUGAAUGUAUGCGCCGCUUUCAUUCUCUCUCCGUUUCCUCCGAUACUACUCUGGAUUCUUUUGCCUCAUUCGGUGCUGAUGAGCCAGAUGCUCUCUUGGUUAAGGGACAGAAGCAACAGCUCUCAAAUUGCAGCAUUGUCUCUCUUUCGGAUUCACACACUGAGUUCUUUGAUGCCUGUGAGGUAUUCCUGUCAGCCAGCUCAUCUGAGAAUGAGGCCACGGAUGAUGAAUCCUGUGUCAGUGAAGUCACCAACAGUAUCUCAGAGGACAUGGUGGAUAUGCCAGGAAGCUCUGACCGUUAUCACAAAGGCUCAGGCCCUAUGCAAUGUAUUGGGAACUCUUCCGAGAUGAGCUUAGGUAUGCCAGUGCCUCUUCCUCUUUAUCUUCCUGGGCCGGGACCUGGGAUAACCCGGAGGAACUGCCUGCCAGCUUCCCACAACCAUGCCAAUGACAUCAGCCUCUGGAACAUUCUUCGUAACAACAUUGGCAAAGAUCUCUCCAAGGUCUCCAUGCCGGUGCAGUUGAAUGAGCCACUCAACAUGCUGCAACGCCUUUGUGAAGAAUUGGAGUACAGUGCCCUGCUGGAUGCAGCCAGCUGCAGUUUGGACCCCUGUGAAAGAUUGCUCUGCAUAGCUGCCUUUGCUGUAUCUGCCUAUGCCUCUACCUACUACCGUGCUGGCAGCAAGCCAUUCAACCCUGUAUUGGGAGAAACAUAUGAGUGUGUCCGUCCUGACAAGGGGUUUCGUUUCCUAAGUGAACAGGUGAGCCAUCAUCCUCCUAUCUCUGCCUGCCAUGCAGAGUCUGAAAAUUUCAUUUUCUGGCAAGACAUGAAGUGGAAAAAUAAGUUCUGGGGCAAAUCCCUGGAGAUAAUUCCAGUUGGUACAGUGAAUGUCCAGCUUCCCAGGUUUGGGGAUCACUAUGAAUGGAACAAGGUGACUUCUUGCAUUCACAAUAUCCUGAGUGGCCAGCGUUGGAUUGAGCAUUAUGGUGAGGUGUUGAUUCGAAACACGAGAGACAGCAGAUACCACUGCAAGCUUGCUUUCUGCAAAGCACGCUACUGGGGCUCCGGGGUCAAUGAGGUGCAGGGUGCCAUUCACAGCCAUAAUGGCAAGGUUAUCCAUCGACUUUUCGGGAAGUGGCACGAAGGGUUGUAUCGUGGUGUGCCUUCUAUUGGAAAGUGCCUCUGGAAGUCCAAUCUCAUGCCUCGAGACCAAGAGAAGAACUAUGGUUUCACUCAGUUUGCGCUGGAGCUGAAUGAACUUACUCCAGAGCUGAAGCGCCUGCUUCCAUCUACGGACACAAGAUUGAGGCCUGACCAACGGUAUCUGGAAGAGGGAAAUGUGCAGGCUGCAGACUCUCAAAAACGACGGAUUGAACAGUUGCAGCGAGAUCGGCGUCGUGUGAUGGAGGAUAACAACAUUUUCCACCAAGCACGCUUUUUCAGGAGGCAAGUGGAUGCCAAUGGCAAGGAAUCUUGGGUAAGCAACAAUACCUACUGGAAGCUGAGGACAGAGCCAGGCUUCAGCAAUAUGGACAGUGCAGUCUUAUGGUAGCUGCUAGCAUUUGCAAGAGCAGUGGUGCCUUCCUACCAUCUCCCAAAGUGGGGGAGUAGACAGCAAGGAUCUCUUGCUGGAUAAGCACAAAGUGAUCAAGGCAUGUAAUCCUGGAAUACCAGCAGCUUAUGAAGGAAGG